AGAAAAAACCACUAAUAAAUAUAAACUAAACUAAUCGCUUCUCUCUCUAUCUUUUUUGUUCUCUACAGUACCGUACUAAACCAGCUUUUUCUUUCUUUCUCUCUCCUCUUCUUCUUCUUCUUCUGGUUCUGAGUUUUAAUGCAAAGCGGAACUGCCUAUAGCUAGGACUGUGUGCCCGCUGCGGUGCGUUUAAUGCAAAACGGCGUCGUAAAGCUGAAACUUCUGACAAAAACGACAGCGCCUUUCGCUAUUUUCCCAACACUUCCUUCUUCUUCUUCAUCUUCGUCUCGUUCUUUUACUUAGCCAAAAACCCAAAAGAAUCUUUCGAUUAUUGUGAAAAUUCACAGAAAAUGCUGGAAUCGGUGAAGUACCUGAUCGGCUCAGUCGGAGCGAGUGGCUUUGGCUCAAAGUCCACCGCCGAAGAGGUCACUCAGAACUCUGAUCUACGAUCCGUCACCGCCAUUAUUACUGGAGCUACGUCAGGAAUCGGUGCCGAGACGGCUCAAGUUUUGGCGCGGCGCGGCGCGAGGCUGGUUCUUCCCGCUCGGAAUCUCAAAGCUGCGGAGGAAGCCAAGUCGCGAAUCUUGUCGGAGUAUCCGGACUCGGAGAUCGUCGUCAUGGCUCUCGAUCUUAGCUCUCUCAACUCCGUUCGUCGCUUCGUCGCAGAGUUUGAUGCUCUCCAGUUACCUCUCAACCUCCUCAUCAACAACGCCGGAAAGUUCGCGCACGAGCAUGGAAUUUCAGAAGACGGAAUCGAAAUGACCUUUGCCACUAAUUAUCUAGGUCAUUUUCUACUGACAAAGCUUUUGCUAAAGAAUAUGAUCGAAACGGCGAAGGUUUCGGGAAUCCAAGGCCGAAUCGUGAACGUUUCUUCCACCGUACACGGCUGGUUUACCGGCGAUACACUCCGAUAUCUCGGCGAGAUAAGCCGAAACAAAAGACAUUAUGAUGCGACACGUGCGUAUGCACUUUCGAAGCUUGCUAAUGUUCUACACACGAAGGAACUUGCUCGGAGACUCGAGAAAAUGGAAGCUAAUGUGACGGUAAACUGUGUACACCCGGGAAUCGUGAGGACCAGACUCACCAGAGAACGUGAGGGUCUUAUUACUGAUUUGGUGUUCUUCUUGGCUUCCAAGCUCUUAAAGACAAUCCCUCAGGCAGCAGCAACGACAUGCUAUGUGGCAACAAAUCCAAGGCUGAACAAUGUGAGUGGGAAGUAUUUUGUGGAUUGUAACGAAACGACGUCGUGUAAGAGAGCUACGAACUUGAAAGAAGCAGCUGGGUUAUGGUCUGCCUCUGAGAUCAUGGUUACUACUACGGACACCAAAUCAGCUCUUUCUGCCAUGAAAACCAAUUAAUACAUAUAUACAAAAAAAAUUACUAUAUAUGCAUGGCAUGGCAAAAACUAUAUAUAUAUAAAUAUAUUUUAAUUAAUUAGUUUUUAAAAAAAAAGGGGUUUAGUGGGAUAGAUAGAUAUAUAUAUUUGACUAUGAAGAGAGACAAAAACUAGAGAAAGAGGGAAUAUGUAACUGGAAUAUACGAUGUAGACAGCUUCAAAUAUGGUAGCUUUUAGUAGUAUAUAAAUAAAUAUAUAUAUAUAUAUAAAUUAAGGUGGACUUGCUUGUAUGAUCGAUGUGUGUGUAUGAUAUAUAUUUUUCUAAAGUAGUAUUGUAAGCUCUAUUCUAUAAAUAUAUAUAUAUAUAAGCAAGUUGGUCAUAUUUUUUUCAAAUUGGUGUUAUUGGUAGAUUGGCAUAAUGAUCAUACAAUAAUAAUCAGAGAUAUGAUAAGGUUGAGUUUGAAUAUUGGAGAAAAAAGGUGCUUGGAAACCCUAUGUAGCUGGGUACGUUGAUAAUAAUAUAUACAAAUAUAUAUAUUGGGUUUU